AUGUCUAAUAUUUUUAAGCCAUUACCAACAUUUUUUAAGCAUUCAUCAAAGUUAAAGUUCAAUGCAAACACAAAGAAGUUGUUCAAAGAUUCUAUAAUAGUUAAUGAAAUUAAAAUAGGCAACUCUCACACUGUUAAACUGUAAUAACCCAGUAAUUUUACGCAUUAUAGAUUAGAUAAUGAUGAAUCUGAGUCAGGCAAAUUAUCACAAUAGUUCAAUAAAAGAAAUGGGCUUGAAAAUGAAAAUGGACAAGACUAUUAUAACAUGAUCUACCUAUAGCUCUAGUAGAGGGAAAAAAAUAUAGAAUUCAAUGAGCUGCUAGCAAUGAUGAAAAGUACUAAUAUAGAAGACUUUGACCAGUAUUGUGACGGCGAUAGAUAUAUCCUGCUUGAACAUUAUCAAAGAUAGCUCAGGAGGCUAUGCGAACUUUAAGAUAAAGAUUUAAAACUUCAGUAAACUAUUAAAAUGAUUGAAGCUCUAUCCUAAUUUGUGAUAUAAACUAGAGAUAAGUCAAUUUAAUACUUUGUCGAGCUAGAGCAAAGUUUUAAUCAAUUGUUUAAUGACUAUGAUUAGCUUUACAGUGAAGCUAUUCAAAGUCCAUUGAUUAAUCCUAGUGAUGCCUUCUACAUUUUCUUCAUAAGUUCCAAUGCAAACUUAUUAACUUACAAUCUCUAUUAGAUUUCUGAGAAAUAUUUUUUAAAAAACUUAUUUAAGUUCAACGAUCUAUAGAUUCUCAGACUACAGACAUACUUUUAGAAAUAUGACUAGUUUUUUUAUCCAGACAACCUUCUCAGAAAAAAAAUAAAUAAAUUUUUUGAAUAAAACCUUAACAGAAUGCAUACGUUUAAAUUAGCUAAGCUGUUUUUUUAGUAAUUGUGCUUCAAAGAUGUAGACUUGAAAUAAUAGAGUGGGAUAUUACCUUUUGACAAUAUAUUAAAGUAUAUGACCACAAAAGAUUUUAGCUUAUUAGACGCUAAAACUUGUAAGUUCUUUUUUUUGUCGUUGUACUACCUAGAAUCCUCUGAAUUCUGCAAGAUAUAUAUGCAUAGAGAUGUUCAAAGGUUUUAUCAUAGUGAAUUUAUGGGCAAAACCCAAAACUACUAAAAAAAAGAAUACUAAGACCAAGGUGAGUUCAAAACUCAGAGAGAGACUAUAACAAUCCUUCAAAAGAAAUUGGACAAGAUUGGAAUUAAGCAUAGAAUUAUCUAAGAGUAACCAGUAAUUGGACAAAUUUACAGCAUUGAUAUGAUAUUAGAUGCGCCUGAAUUAGAUAUAAAGGAUUAAGCUUUUGAGAUAAGGAACUUUAGAGCUAAGAAUUUUAGGACUGGAUUUAACAAUCCCAGAGAUAUUUUUAGACAUAAGUUAAUUACUGAAAAGACUGAUUAUAAAUCAAUCAUCUAUCUUGAUACUUAGGAGAUUGAAGAUUAUCUAUACAUGAGUGAUGAGAGAAAAGGAGAUGCUAUCUAUGAUUAUCUUUUGAAGAAAAAAAGAGAGUCUUAAUAAGAUAGAAUUAGUAAUUAAUGA